UUUUUCUGCAAUUUCAUUUCUCAGACUCCCUUUUCUCGGCUACCAAACAGAUUCCCAAACGCUAAUCCCGCGCACUGCCCCGAGCAAAUUCGUCUGUGAUUCGAUCUCGUCUCCGCAGAAUCGAAACAGGAGGAGAACCCGCGACCAUCACUGAAAGUUCGCGGGAGCAAGAAUGAUCGGAGUAAGCAAGAUCAAGCAGUACUCCAAUGUCCUCGACAAACCCCUAAGCAAGGGCAAGCAGGAGGUUAGUUUGAGUGCUUUUGCAUUCUUGUUCUCGGAGCUUGUACAGUAUAACCAAACUCAGGUUGACAACAUUGCUGAAUUAGAGCGAAGCAGGUUGGAGGAUGCAGGCUAUGCUGUUGGAGCUCGAUGCCUAGAACUUCUUUGUCAUAGAGAAAAGGGGAAUAGACGUGAAACACGACUCCUGGGGAUUUUGUCUUUCGUACACAGCACAGUGUGGAAGGUUUUAUUUGGAAAAGUAGCUGAUUCCCUCGAGAAGGGAACUGAACAUGAAGACGAAUACAUGAUCAGUGAGAAAGAGCUUCUCGUUAACAGAUUUAUUUCCAUUCCUAAAGACAUGGGAACUUUUAAUUGCGGGGCUUUCGUUGCUGGAAUAGUAAGGGGUGUGCUGGAUAAUGCUGGUUUUCCAGCAGUAGUAACAGCUCAUUUUGUUCCUAUGGAAGGCCAGCAACGACCUAGGACGACUAUUUUGAUAAAAUUUGCAGAGGAGGUGCUAAGAAGAGAAGCGAGAGUAGGCUAAUAAAUCAGUGGAAAUGCUGUUGGGUAAUGUUCUUCUCUAGCCUUGCGCAUUGUCAGGACACGCUGGGGUGUUUUUACGAACUGCUGCAGGGGGCUCUCUGAAAAAACUUGGCAACCCUCUCACUUGAGAUAUUGUCUGAUUCUAUCACUACCUCCUGGUGGUGUAAGUUUUUGAAGUGGAUCUUGUAAUAGUGACUGUCAGCUGCAUUCAGUGUAAAGUAAAAAGGGUUCUAAUGGUUCAGUCCUCACCCUUGAACUCCAAAUUAGAUUGUUCAAAUAAACCGUUAUUAGAGCGAAAUGGAAUGUGGAUCUUUAUUGCAUUUAUGUCGUCUUCCCUAAUCCCUAUCGCUAUAAUCCAG